AUAAGAAUAGUCAUCGACGGCGACGCUCUCCAAUCCAUACAACGUUUCUUGCCACAAUGAGGUCUUCCUUUGUGUCUCUGAUAGCUAUCGCUGGCUUGGUUGCUCAUGUCAGAGGUGAUUCCUUCGUCAUCAACACUCCCUCCGAUGCAGUCGAAUGCGAGGCGUUGGUCAUCACCUGGUCCGGAGGAGUCGCUCCCUACCGAUUGAGCAUCAGAGCGGGCAGCCAUCCUGUUCCCAUCGACACGGAGAACGUUAGCGGCACUUCUUUUGUUUGGACCGUAACAGAGCCAGCAGGAGACGAACUCUCGCUGGAAGUAACCGAUUCUGCCGGGAGCGUUGCUCAAAGCUCUUUCUUUACAGUGCAGGCUGGAUCGGAUGAUAGCUGCAUUCCGCAGUAACUCAGUGCAGAUGUGAUAUCCCUUAGCUUAGCGUUUAAUCGCUGGUUUAGCAGGAUAUGCGCCGAUGCUUCUUUUUGACUCUAAUGAUACAUGUGAGCUCACGACCCCUCAGCGCG